AUUGCUUUUAUUUUGAAAAACACGACCGGGAAGAAGAAGGUGGAAUACGUGUUGUGUGUGGUACGAGUUUUUUGUGUUUUUUCACCAUAGCCACAAUAUUGUAGCACCCCAAGCUAUUUGUUUUCAUUAUAAAAUUAUAGAACUGCGGCGGCAGUUAAAGCCAACAUAUUAAUUCGCCAGCAUGUCAGAUUUGGAGGCGCAGGUAGGCUCCCUUUUGGAGAUAAUGGUCAAUGCGACUGUCACAGAAAUGACCAAAGUUACGGCUGAAAACACACACGGGUGCUCGGAUGAUAAGGUGAUCCAGUUGAAUGUCUUCAUGACGUCUCUGGCUCGAGAAACUGUGGAGAAGAUCUGCCAGCUUUUCCAUGAAUGUUCCUCUCUGCUGCAGUUAGAAGUGUCGCAGGGUGUGGCAGAGAUUGAGGACCUGAGGAGGAGGCUGGAGGUGGCAGAGACAGAGCUGAAGCUUGUGUUGGAGGGUAGCAGAGGCCAGAAGGAAGCAGAGGAGCUGACGGAGGGAGGCAGCGGACAGAGGGAGGGCAGGAGUGCUCCAGCCAACGGAGCAGAAGGAGAGACUGUCCAGAUCAGCCACCACACAGGGAGGAAGAGACGCAGAGUUGUGGCUACUGGUGAUACUGCAGUGAAAAGGUCACCUAUAAUUCACCUGUGGAAAGGCAGAACUUAUGAGGACAGUGUCCAACCAGUAGUAAUAAAGGAGGAAGGAUUGGAAGCGUUCGCUGACCAGGCAUCUUCUGAUUCUGGUCAGUGCAGAGACGAAGCGGGUCAGGACGAUGACGACGACCCAGACUACCAGUUGGAGCCAGAAGAUCCAGAUGAUGGUGACCCAGGAUAUACCACCAGAACUAAACGUGUUGUAAAGCCCAAGUCUCACCGAGGUCGAGCAAAGAAGGAGAGUCAGAGUCAGAACCAGCAGUCUCUGAGCUGCAAACACUGCAGGAAAACCUUUACCAAACUGCUGCAGCUCAAAGCCCACCAGGCCGUCCACGGGGCGAAUGCCGAGAAGCCCUUCCACUGCUCUCAGUGUGGCAGAGGUUUUUCAUUCCAGCGCAGCCUCAACGCACACAUGCUACUUCAUACGGGCGAGAGACCACACACCUGUGAUGUUUGUGGGAAGGGGUUCACCCUGAAGCAGCUCCUGAGGAACCACCAGCGCCUCCACGCUGAGGUCCGGCCAUUUUGCUGUGAACAGUGCGGGAAGAGCUUCUACCGAGCCCACGGCCUAAAAAUGCACCAGAUGGUCCACACGGGCGAGCGGGCCUAUAACUGCCAGUACUGCAACAAAAGCUUCACAAUACAAGGUAACCUGCAGCGCCACCUGCGCAUACACACAGGGGAAAAGCCAUUCAGGUGCGAGACUUGUGGCAAGAGUUUCAACCAGGCCGACACUCUGAAAGGCCAUCAGCGGAUACACACCGGUGAGCGUCCCUUUAGCUGCGAGACCUGCGGCAAGUGUUUCAUCCAGAAGAGUGCCUUGAAGAUGCACCAGAAGACCUCUCACUCAGGCGAGAACUCACUGGCCUGCGUGGCUUGCGGCACUACUGUGGCCUGCGUCGACUCGCUACGCAAACACCUCCAGACGCAUGCAGUAACUAUUCCGUGCACGUGCGUGCUCUGCGGCCGGCGUCUCAGCUCUAUCACUGACCUGCGCUCGCACCAGCAGCACCACACAGUAGACAGGCCUCACAGCUGCGGGCUCUGCGGGAAGAGUUUCAAGUCUUCCAGCUACCUGAAGAUUCACCUGAAGACACACAGCGGGGAGAGGCCCUUCUCCUGUGACAUCUGUGGUCGCAUGUUUACACAACACAGCAGCCUAAAAUCACAUCAGGUGGUCCACACAGGAGAGAAACCGUUCAGCUGCGACACAUGCGGGAAAUGUUUCAGCAACACGGGCAACCUGAACAGACAUCAGCGUAUCCACACUGGGGAGAAGCCGUUCAGCUGCGACACGUGUGGACGCAGCUUCAACCAGGGCAACAGCCUGAAGGCCCACCAGCAAAUACACACCGGGGAGAAACAGUUCAUGUGCGACAAGUGUGGCAAGAGUUUCUCCUACCUGAGGAACCUGAAAGACCACAAGUGUUUCUACGUCUGAUGCAGAACGGCAACUGACAAUGAGACGUCUGCCCUGGUGGCAGAGCAGAUGGCGUAAGGUUCCUACUACCAACUGUAUAGCAACCAACUAUAAGGAUUACACAUACUAAUCCUAAAAUCAUGUAAGAAAACACUGCUGGUAAAUGAAAGAAAAUAGUCAGAACUAAGGAGAGCAAUCAAAAGUAUAUGAUGUGUUUUGAAGGAUCACAAAAUAUAAUGGUAUCACUGGAGCAACCUGCAUGUAUCGAGGGCCUUUUAGGCCUUUAUCUGAACACUGUGCUGGUAGUUACCGGAAAAGUGUAGUCAAAGUUUCAAUUUGUUAUCAAGAAGGAUUGAAAUAAAAUCAGCCCAUAUGAUUUGCGCCUGGGUACAAAGAAAAGCCAAUAGAGUGAGACUUGUUCAUACCACAAUUGAAUGAAAACGAUCCUCAUUAAAGAUUGGCUCUGUAGGCUUCUAAAAAACUUAAAUGUCCCUUUAAAUUAAAUGGACUGACUAAUCACUCAUUUUUGUCAAGAGUAGAAGAGUCGAUGUCAUUCUUCUACUUUUGGACCAGUGGCAGAGCAAAUGAAUAGGCUCUUUUUGAAAAAUGGGUUAAUAGUGCAUAUGAUCCAAAACUUUUGGCCCAGUGACCAAUGUGGCAAAUUGAUUUAAAAGUUUAAAAGACAUUUUCAUUACUUUCAGAGACGUAGUUUUACUAGAGGUAGCAUGAACAAUCUUACCAGCCACGGUUAAAAUUUAGCAGUACUUUGCUGGCAGCUGUCGAACUCUAACCCUGAUCCAUAAAAAACUAUGGAAUUGUGACUGACUGAUUUUAUUGCAUUUAGGUUUUUUCAGGAUUUUAAACAUUAUUUAAGUGUAUGGCUGAUAAUGGUUUAACCAACUUGAAGAGUGCUUUCUUGUCUUUUCUCCAAACACUGUUUCAGAUAAUAACUAAAAUACAUAAUACAACUGUGAGUUUUUGGAAACAAAGUUGCCUUGUGUGCAUUAGAAGAACUGAUAUGCUGACUGAGAAAAUACAAAAACCGAUGCUGACAGAGUUAUUUUUUAAGAAUGUUUCAUCUGCAACCUUUCCUGUAGAGUGAGUAUUUGUUAUUUCUCAGCUUUUUGACUGUUAGUCAAAUGGAUAAACACUAAAUCUUG